UGUCGGAGGGGAAGGGCGGGAGGAAGGGAGCGUCGUCAUCCGGGAGCUGCCGCCUGGCCGCCAUGGACGCCUUGUACAGCCGCGGAGUCCUUUUUGCCGAGAUGCUGCAGACCGGGCCGCCCUGGCUGGAGCGGUUCUGGCUUUCGGUGACCUUCCUGGCCGAUCCCAAAUGUAUCUUCGUCGUCUUCUUCCCCCUGGCUUAUUUCCUGGACCGGAAGGUUGGGGUGGCAGUGCUGUGGAUCGGUUUAGUCUGCGAGUGGCUCAAUAUAGUGGCUAAAUGGCUCUUGUUUGGUGAACGGCCAUUCUGGUGGGUCUAUGAAUCUGGACUCUUCAGCAAGGAAAAAGUCCUGCUUCGCCAGUUCCCUGUCUCCUGUGAAACAGGGCCAGGUAGCCCCUCCGGCCAUUGCAUGAUCACAGGGGCAGCCUUGUGGCCUAUCGUCACUGCUCUCACGGCACUGGCAUCCCGACACUCCACUAGCCGGCUGGUGAAGCUAACCCCCUUCCUGGCCUACUUUCUCCUCCUGCUGGCAGUGGGGCUCUCGCGCAUCUUCAUCCUGGCACACUUCCCCCACCAGGUGCUGGGCGGCAUUGUGGCUGGAGCCGCCCUGGGCUGGAUGCUGGAGGCCUGCGUCCCAGCAGAGAGGAAGCUGAGUUUCUACCUUGCCACUUCGCUGGCCCUGCUGCUGAGCGCCAUUGGGCUGUACUGGAGCAUGGUCGCUCUUGGCGUGGACAUCGACUGGUCAAUUCACCUGGCCACUAAGUGGUGCUUGAACCCGGAGUGGAUCCGCAUAGAAACGAGGCCCUUCGCGUCGCUGUGCCGAGACACAGCCUCUGCCGUGGGCCUGGGCCUGGCCACCCACUCCUCCCUCUACACCCAGCUGAGGCACGAGAGACCCGGCUGGACGCAGCGAGCCGUGGGCGCUGGCCUGGCCCUCGCUGCCCUUCAGGGCCUGAACGACGUGGUGCAGCCGGAGAACAUCGUCCUGUGGUACGGCCUGAACUUUCUGAAAUACGCCAGCUUCCCGUGGGUGGUGGUGGCGCUUGUUCCGUGGCUGGUCCGGUCGCUCCCUCUCACGCAGAGCCGGCCACACUCCCAGUAGCACGUCCAGUGCAUCAGUGAGCCAGACAGACGGCGGGUCGCUCUCCCUAGGCGGGGGGCGUGGCUGGAACUUCCCGCGUACCCGUAAACUAAAUCUCCUAGCAAGUGGCAGCAUCUAUCCUCCCAGCUUCCAAUGUCACAGGGCAAAUUCUGUUCUCCCGUCUGCUGGUCCAGCCCCCUGCGCAUCAGUGCAUGAGAGCAGCUGGCUCUGGGCUGGAGGAGGAUUGCACUGGCUAACGCAGGUUCUCCUCUGGCUUAGACAGGGGGCCUCAUGCUAGAAGGAUCCAAAUAAACCAGUGGCUUGGGUCUGUCCCCUUGAGCAUUAGCACCAAGGAGGUUUAGCUGUGCUGGGAGCCAGGGCUCUGGGGUAAGCUCCAGACACAAGACAGGGUGCUGCAAGGUGGGCUGUUUGGAGGACCAGCUGGCCCCCUGUGGCUCCAACAUUGGUAGCUUCCUGUCUGGCCUGCAGAGAAACUGUUCUGGCCGGUACUGAAGACCUUGUCCUGGGCAUCACACCAUCCCAGUGCUGGGGACAGUUGUGUGUGGAUGCAGUGGGUGCAUCUGCACUAGAAAAUGUGGUACUCUGUUCUCCAGCUGCACAGCUACUACUAGGUGGGGCUGGAAGGGACCUCAAGAGGUCAUCUAGGCCAGUAUUUCUCAGCCUGUUUGAUACCAGGGACCAUCUUGCUGCCUUCCUAAAGGCAUGGAGCUCUCAGGGACCGGGCAUCGAGAAACACUGAUUCUAGUCCAGCCCGGGGGCCCCACAACCUCCCUUGGAAGCCUGUUCCAGAGCUUCACUACCCUGGGAGUUAGAAAGCUUUGCCUAAUCUCUAACCAUCUCCCUGGCUGCCGAUCAAGCCCAUCACUUCUUGUCCCACCUUCAGUGGCCAUGGAGAACAAUGGAUCCCCGUCCUCUUCGUAACAGGCCGUAACAUAUCUGAAGCCUGUUAUCAGGUCUCCCCUCAGUCUUCUUUUCUCAAGACUAAACUUGCCCAGUUUGGUUUUUUUUUAACCUUUCCUCACAGGGCAGGUUUUCUAACCUUUGAUCGUUUUUGUUGCUCUCCUCUGGAUUCUGUUGUGUUUGACCACAUCUUUCUUACCGUGCGGCACCCGAAACGGGACGCAGGGCUCCAGCCGAGACCUCGGCAGUGCUGAGCGGAGCAGGACAGUUACUUCCCGUGUCUUACAUACGACACUCCUGUUACUGCAGCCCAGAAUACAGUCGCCUUUUUCACAACUGCAGCACAUUGCUGCUUCAUAUUCAAUUUGCGAUUCACUACCGAUCCCAGCUGCUUUUCAGCAAAGUAGGACCACUUCAG